AGAAAUGAAGAAAGCCCCCAAGAGAAAGCUCGGCGACAUGCCUGAAGACUCGACCGAAGAGAAGUAUGCCGCACGCAUUGUCCACCAAGCAAAAGCUAAAGUCAUGAAACAAAACUUUACUGAAGAUAAUUUACCGAAAUGCUUGGAGGGAGCUGCGGGAAAUUUGCAAUGGAGGAAAGGAGCUUAUUUUGAAAACUCAAAGGGGGUAGCAAGCAUUGCGCUGGUAGCUACUCGUAUGCUUCGAGAUCUGCUAUACUCCCGGGAACAGAUGACUUCGCGAGAUAUCCAAGAAAUGGAGCACUUCUUGAUAUAUAUAGGAGGUGAAAGAGGAAUGCAAAAUUUUGCCAAGGAACUGCGUUCAAUUGGUCAAAACAAUAACGCAACUUCCGAUACGAGAUUCCGCAACUUGUUUGGACACGAUGGCACUUUUACUUCUGCUCCAUAG